CGCGUACCAAGACCUCAGUGUGACGAAGGGUAAAGGCUUUACGAAGGAGAAGAAUAAGAAGAAGAGAGGUAAGACUCCCGUUCCUAAUACUAUCCGCCCAUCCUUGCCCAUCAUUUAUCCUCCUGCACCUGCGGAGGUUGAUGAAAUACAUCCUGCCAUGCCAAUCACUCAUUGCUCGUCGACCGGGUCUUCGGAGCCUAGGCACAAACGUAGAGCCCACAGAGCCUGUAAGCGACACUUGACCUCGACUCUUGGUGAUUUGAAUUCCUGGCACCUUGGAGAUGAACGAUCCGCCUCCAAUUCUGUCCCUCGGUAACAGAUGGAGAGGGCGGCCCAAACGCCAAGGCCAGCACCGUCUGAAGCCCGCACCGCGGAAGAAAUCGACAAAGAGGGAACGUCGUCGCGCUCGUCUCUUGAUGGCCGAAGCGGUGAUGGUCGCGAACACGCUCCGCGAUUCCGGAAUCGACAUGUUCGGCGACACUGACAUGGAUACAUUCCACGACAACGACAUGGAUCUACUCGAUGACAACCCUGGCUCCGCGAGGACACCUGGGAUUUCAUGAUGAGCGACGGCUACAAUCCCAUGGGCGGCGGUUGAUUCUAACCUGUAAGGACUUUGCUGACAUGAGCUCGAUAUAGGUGCGUACCGCGGCGGCGCGAUCGAUAUGACUCCCAAG